CUGUGGAGAUGGCUUUCAAAUUGUUUUGAAGCUUCUAGACAUUCUGGCAAAAAUGCUUGGAAUGUUUCGUCUGAGUCGUUUGGACUCCUUUUAUGGUAAAGUUCCUGGAAGGGAAUGUACCAAGUGUAGUAAGAAGGAGGGGUGGAGUUUGGUGAGGUUAAAGAACCUGUUGAUUUAAAACAUUUGCAGAAUUGGGACAUUUUCUAAUGUUCACACUGUUAACUCAUUGUUAUUAUUAUAUUUGAAUGAGAAAUUGAACAUUGUUUGUUUAAUCCUUAAUUGUUAUUUAAUUGCUAUUUCAACAAGUGGGAAGAGCCACUGGCUAAUUAAUGAGGGGUUGCAACUCCUCUCAGGACAAGCGUUGCCAAUUCAUGAUGGAGAGUGGACCAUAGUGUUAUGACCCAAGAUCAUGUGGGUCAUAUAUAUGUGUGACUCCUCCCACCAGAGGAUAUGGUUGUGGGUUUUUCUCUCUCCUCCCUCCCAUGUGUGUACAUGAGAUGUUGUUGUUGUUUCUGUUGAAAUCUGUUCUCUCUUUUCAAAGUAGGACUUUAGGUGGAGGGGCAAACACGCCAGCUGCCUGACUAUCUCCUCCCAUCAUUCCCCCUCCCCCUCCAUCCAUCGCCUUCUACAGCCGGAUAAGGCAACUACAAAGCAGGCAGACUCGCCAUUACAGAACACAAGAUUUGAAGAUUGCAUCCUGGCAUUUGUAAUCAGAUGCAAGGGGGGAUUAUCUCGAGGUCUCCUCCAUUUUGUGCACAGCUGGGAGCUGCUGAGAAAAAAGAGGGAGAAGAAAAGGAUCGGAUGUGUGUGAAUGAAGUGGAGUUAGACAGAGACAGGGAAAGGGGUCACCUGUGGAUAUGAGGAGGAGGAGGGCUUUCUAAGGAACUGCAACCAUCACCCAACACACAAAAGGAAGAGGACAGAGUGUCAGCAGCAAGUAGAUCACUGUAAAGGUCUUCCAUGGCAGCGGCAGGGCGUCCUAUGUCAGAGCUGCAUCCAAUGGGAGGAACUAUUCCACUGCAGCCUAUUUUUUCCAGCCAGUCCAUCUUUGAGACCACAGAGACACCUACACAAGGAACAUCACCCUCUGGACUGCCUCAACGACCAGGUUACAACUGCUAGGAGAAAUCCACCAGUGAAAUCUAUGAAGAACAAUGCCAUUCAACUCCUACUGCAACAGAAACUGCUAAACACCAACAAAGCCCAUCUGAACACUUACCGCUCAUCAUGGCUUCCAAUCACCCACUUCGUCCAGUUGUGAGAGAAACACUUUCAGACAAUUAUGAGAUAGUUGUGAAUACAAACACUGAUGAUCCUGAGACUACAGAGCAGAAUGUAAAGCUGGCCCCCCUGAUUGUUCACAGGAGUCACUCAGACACUUUGCCUUUGGCGAAAACUGAAAUCGCUUACCACAGCAGAGAUGCAAGCGUCCAAGAGGCUGAGACUCACUCCAUGCUAGCUUGCAAGCAGCCCAUGCAGCUACAUCAGUGCAACACUGUUACCACUAUUUGCAGUGGAGAAUGUAGCUUACAGCAUCCUCAGAGGAGAGGUCUCUGUAUCUCAUCUGAUGACGCAGAUAUCAAAGGGCAGUGUCAAGGAGAAGACGGCCCUCUUUCCACUAAAUGUGACAAGCCACACUGUUGCAGCUCCUAUAUCCACCAUGCCAGUUUUGAGGAUACAUUUGCUGCCUACUGCCAUCCUCAGCCUAUUCCAGCCCCCUCGCAGAUGCUGCCACGUCUGGCAGGCUCCAGUAUCCAGCCUCCAGUACCACCUCCUUCAACAGGAAACCACCUUACACUGCCUCGCCUCUUCUCCUCUGUUAGUGAGACAGGGUUAGAUGCCAAACAUCUGCUGCAUUGCUGCAAUCUGAGCUGCUCCUGGAUUAGUUCACUGCCGCCUGAUGCUGGCCCACAAUGCUCCCAAAAAAACUUAGGUAAAGAUGACUGGUGCAGUACGACAACUGGCCAAGAAAGAAUCACAACACGUGACAUGGGAACUAUGACAGCCCAAAAAGUUCUGAGAGAUAUCGGGGUGCAGACAAAUCAGACCACCGGUUCUCAUGUGUUCCCUCAGAUCUAUCUGGCAGAAGCUAACAAGAGUAAGAUGUCUUCUAGCCAGACUGACAGCGACAGAGACAAAAAAGCAGGUGGUGCGCCUAAGUCCCCAGUCAAGGAAGUGAAGUGGGAUGCAGAAGGGAUGACAUGGGAAGUGUAUGGGGCGUCCGUGGACCCUGAGGAGCUGGGUCUCGCCAUCCAGAAACACCUUGAGCUGCAGAUCAAGGAGACAGCAAACCGUGCGGCCAAGCUCUCACAGCAAAACCCCAACCCCUCCCGGGAAGUCAGGAAUGCUGGCUGUCACAGAAAGAGAAGGAUGAUGGGCUACCUCCAAUCUCCGGCUUGCUGCAGUUGCAGCUCUGCAGCUGUUGAUUAACUGAGCACCUGACAGAUGGACAGGACCUGAACACUGUGCUUAGUAGCCAGAAGGGCUGCUCAUAGCGUCAACCUCAAAUGUCUGGAUGAUACUGCAUUCUUAUAAGACAAACCUCUGUACCAAAUUGAAUGGAAAAACUUUUCAUAAAGUGAUCCUUAUUCAAAUAUUGUAAAGAUUAUGAAAGACUGAUAAUGAUUAAAGAUCACUAUGAAAAAGAAAAUGUUAAAAAAAAAAAGUAAUAAAACAAAAAUAACAACAAAUCUUUGUUCCAUCAUUUCUUAGUGAAAUAUUACUCAGGGACAUAUUCUUUUUAUCUCUCGGUAGAUGCAGAUAUCAUUCAUCAAUGGUCCAUAAUAUGCUUCUGUGCACUAUUACUGUUAAUUAAAUUGGUUUUUAGCUUAGUGAACACAUAAUUCUCUUUUCACUGCCAGUUUUGCACAAACAGUACUCCGACCAACUUCUAAAUAACAUUCAUUCUUUUGGAGUUAACAGACUCCAUGACAGUUCUCUGGGAAACUGCUAAAACUUAAACAUGUUUCAUCUCUUUAAUGCUGCAUUUUUAUUGGUCAUUAAAAUUGUCAAAAUGUUUUCAUCUAUUCUAGUUUUAGCUGUUGUCCUAUCUGUCCCUACCUUUUAUUAAGAGUGUUACAACAAUGAAAAUGAAAAAUGCCUGAAGUUCCCCAUAUCUUAAUAUAAUAAUAACAACUCACGAUUAAAUCCACAGUGGUGUGUAAAACACAUAGUGAGUGAAAGUUAUCAACUCAUCAAGUUAACCCAGGGUUUCCCCUGCGGGUUCACAUCAUAUGACUCUUCCACAGAAAAUGAUCCCUAUGAGUGCCACCUACUCAGAGAUGUUAUCAAAUUGUGAUUAAAAACAUCUCUGAAGAUCAAAAACAUAUACCAAUAAAAUGCAACACUUUUGUAAAAAGGAUGAGAUAAAUGCCAUGAAAAAUAAUUUAAUUCAUCUGGUGAUUUAGUGCACACAAUAAGGAUUUUAAUUAAUUUAAAUAUUAAACCUUACAGUCCCACAGCCUGACAAAGGAGAUGUGGAAAUCGCUUCAGUUUGUCACAGAUCAAAGUAAAAUAAAUGUGACUGAUUAAC